CUCUCUCUCUCUCUCUCUCUCUCUCUCGUCUUCUCCUUUCCUCUUUUCUUUCUGUCACUCUCUCGUGACGCAUCGGCUGAGUUUAUCCACACACUCCGAGUGUGUGAUCCAAGUUCUACGCAGCAUGGAGCCGUACACGGUCCCAGGAGCCCAGCUCUCCCUGCAGGACCUGUACUCCGUCCUCCCCUUUAAUGUCACCUUCCCGGACGAGGAGCGCGGCUUGAUGGUGGACGGGCCGCGGAACUACACGGAGCGGCAGAACCCGGUGAGGAGCGCCGGGGGCAUCAUCAUAGCCAUAUGUAUCACGGCUCUGUACUCCGUCAUCUGCGUGGUGGGACUGCUCGGAAACGUCCUCGUCAUGUACGGGGUGGUCAGGUACACCAAGAUGAAGACAGCCACCAACAUCUACAUUUUUAACUUGGCUCUUGCUGACGCCUUGGCCACCAGCACGCUGCCCUUUCAGAGUGCCAAGUACCUCAUGAACACCUGGCCGUUUGGGGAAGUCCUGUGCAAGCUCAUCAUUGCCAUUGAUUAUUACAACAUGUUCACAAGCAUCUUCACCCUCACCAUGAUGAGCGUGGACCGAUACAUCGCUGUGUGCCACCCCAUCAGGGCGCUGGAGUUUCGUACGCCUGUCAAAGCUAAGUUUAUCAAUGUGCUCAUCUGGGUGCUGUCCUCAGCCAUCGGUGUCCCCAUCAUGAUCAUGGCUGUGACCAGAGUGGCAGAUAAUGGUAAAACCAUGUGCAUGCUGAAGUUCCCUGAGCCUGAGUGGUACUGGGACACCGUGACGAAGAUCUGCGUCUUCAUCUUUGCUUUUGUGGUUCCUGUGUUGGUCAUCACCAUCUGCUACGGCCUGAUGAUCCUUCGUCUCAGGGGUGUCCGUCUACUCUCGGGCUCCAAAGAGAAAGACCGCACCAUGCGGCGCAUUACCCGCAUGGUGCUGGUGGUGGUGGCUGCCUUCAUUAUCUGCUGGACCCCCAUUCACAUCUUCAUCAUCGUGAAGACCAUGGUAGAAAUUGACACCAGAAACCCUCUGGUGAUUGCCAGCUGGCACCUGUGCAUCGCCCUGGGCUACACCAACAGCAGUCUCAACCCUGUCCUCUACGCGUUUUUGGAUGAAAACUUUAAGCGAUGCUUCAGAGAUUUCUGCCUCCCGUGUCGCACCCACAUUGAGCAAAGCAGCCUAAGAAGAGGCCGCAGCACCAUUAGGGAGCCUGUGUCCGUGUGUGCUCCGACAGAGGUGGGAAAGAAGCCAGCAUGA